CCCAACAAUGAUUUCUACUUCAUUUUAUUACUGAAAUGUAAAUACUGUUUGUGAAAAGAGGUAUGGUAACACCCUAGCUCUUAUAUACAAAGUGAGAUAACAAUUGCUCAUUUUCAAACAUUUAUAAAAGAAGAUGUGGAGAGAAAGGCUGAAAUGUCUUCACAUGAAAAUCAACACAAGUGAACAAACUGCUGUUUCAGAUUUGUAUGAACCUCUGAUGACAUCUAGAAAUGCUUCAGCGAAAGGCCCUGGACUUCAGAGUGAUCUUAUUUUUGAGGAAAUUGGGCGUCGCAUCAAAGGUGUUGGCAGUCAAGUUGUGAAAAAGGUGAAUGCUGUCUUUCAGUGGGACAUCAUGAAUGGAGGAAAGGUUGUGGCCCAGUGGACCCUGGAUUUGAAGUCUGGUUCUGGUCAGGUCUAUAAAGGAGCAUCUCACGAGCCUGCCAACACAGUUUUUAUUCUCUCUGAACAUGAUUUCAUGGAACUUGCUUUGGGCAAGAUAAAGCCCCAGAAGGCUUUUCUGAUUGGGAAAGUGAAGGUGAAGGGUAAUAUUCUACUCGGUCAGAAACUGGAGAUGAUUCUCAAAGAGUAUGCAAAGAUCUGAACUCCUUCCUUCCUGGCAAUUACAGUUCUCUUUUUCUCUUUAGUCAAGAUGUUGGUUAUAGAGGAGGACGAGAUUAAAAUGUGAAGUAUUUUAAUGGAAAACAUAACUGUUCAAGUUUACAUUUCCUUUAAAGAUAUUUGAACGCU